AUGUCUUCGUCUUCGGAAGACUCGCAAGAUGAGGUUUACGCUCAAUGGCUCGCUCUUCUACAAGAGUCCGUACGGAAUGUGGCGAGGGAAGAGGAAACCACGACGCCUGAGCAAAAGGCCCAAAGGGAGGCAGAGCGUCUUGCGUGGUUGGCAUGGAGGGAUGAGAACGACGCGAAGAAAAAGGCACCCAAGCCCCGCAAAGCGCGCAAGACAACUAAACCUCCCCAAGCCCCCAAAAAGGAGACCAGCCGGAAGAGAAAGAGACCUACCGCUGAUCCGGAGAACAGUGGAGGACAAGCAGCAUCAACUUCCUCUAAUGAUCCGGAGAACGGCCCUCCAAAGAAGCGGAGUCCGGGGAGGCCGAAGGGUAGUAAGAACAAGCCCAAACCUGGACAACAGCAAGCGCAGGCUGAAGCAGCACAGCAGCCGACGCUACCUCGGGAGCCUUCGCCAGUCGGCCAACAAGACCCCGUUGACGGCCCCACGGGCUCCUCGACCGACUACUUUGGGCAGCGUCUCGAGGCGGCGGCCCGCUCCAGAAAAACCUCGCCUCCGCCCAUUCCUCAACCUUCCCUCGUCAGAAACCAGAACGGCGACGUUGAAGAUGAGGACGACCUGUUCGGCGACCGAUAUGUCGAAACGGUCUCUUCCCAGUGCGAACCGAUGCCUAACUGCGCGGAACGUGAUCAGGAUCAGGACCAGAACGACGACGUUGAGGACGUGGACGACCUCUUCGGCGAUCGAUAUGUCGAAAUGGCCUCUUCCUAG